AUGAUGGUCCCAAUGUUCGUGGUGUCCUCCGUCUCCGUGGUGACCUUUGUGGUGAUGAUGAUGUCCCCCGUUUUCAUGGUGACCUUUAUCACCAUGUUUGUGUUCGUGAUGUCCUCCAUGCUUAUGCCCUUUGUGGAAGUGUCCUCCCUUCUUGUGACCCCCUUAGUGGUGAUGGCCCCCGUAAUGUUCAUGAUGGCCCUUGUCGCCAUGAUGGUGGUGAAAAUGUUUGUCUUUCCUGAAUUCAUCGUGUUUCUCAAUACCAUAGUGCCCUUUCGUAUCAUGGCCCUUAUGCCAAUGACCGUGUUACUCGUGGCCGUGGCCAUGUUCACCGUGAUGUCCUUUGUGUCCUUCAUGAUGAUGAUGGCCUUUGUGACCAUGGUGGUCAUCAUGAUGGCCUUUGUGUCCCUUAAGGCUAUGACCUCCAUGGGCGUGGUGAUGAUGUUCAUGGUGCUCAUGACCACCACCUUUAUCCCAUUUGUGGUCAGAAGCUGCAGUUUCUAA